AUGCGUUAUAUCAAAAAUAAAAUUUGUACUGAUUGUGAGUUAAUUGCAUUAAUUGAAGGUGACAAUAUUUGGUUACGAUAUAUAAAAUCUCAUCAAGCAACACUUCCAACUGGUGAUUUAGCAACAGGUGGUCGACCAGUUGUUAAUCCUCCACAGAAUGAACAUGAACCAAUGCAUAUUAUUUAUCGUAUGUGUAGUUUAUUAGAUGAUCCCGAAGAUAUUUAUCGUUUAGCAAAUGUUCUUAGUGAACAUUCAAGUUUCGAAACCAUACUUAAACAUUUAGAUUCCAUCCAUGAUAUGUCAUCUGGAAAAGCAUUAUUGCAAAUUUUAUUAAUAUUAUUUGAAUUUGCGUUUAAACUUAAAGUUAAUCAACAACAACAAAGACGUGAUCAAAAACUUUUAUCAUUAACAGAAAAACUUAUUUUUAUUAUGGAUCAAUUAUUUCAUGAAGCUAAAUUUGAUCGAUUAGAUCUUGAGCAAACAUCAUCAUCAUUAACAUCAAGUGAUAAUGAUAGUCAAUUUUGUGAUCUUGUUAAUGACUCAAAUGGUAUUAUUGAUCAAUGUAUAGAUUAUAUUGAAAUAAAUUCUCCACCAGUAAAAACAUAUUUAGGUAUGGAAGAUCCAGAUAGUUGGCACGAAUUUAAAAAUAAACCAUGUUUAUCAUAUAUUUUACGUUGA